AUGGCCCAGGACCCUGCCAAAACCGCCAACCAUCAGAACCCCAACCCGAAUCCGAAGAACGGCAACAACAGCCAACCACGGCAGCAAGCAUCCUCGAGCAGGGCACAUUCACCCAGGGAUCAAGGGCCGAGCGGAGGCAGGCAAAGCCGGACCCAGGGCUAUAAAGGCAACCGCUGGGACGGCGGCUACAACGACAGGGGUCGCGACCGCAGUAAGGACCGCAAAGACAGAGGAAACAAUCAAGGGGACACACGAGGAGAAUGA